AUGAACGUGUUGGUGGAGUUAGCACUCACCACGGAAGUAUCUCAACUUCUCACCGUACUACGAUUAUUGCGCCUCUUCUCGAUUCCUCUUACAGCUACAGUUAAGAGGGCGCGACAAGGAGGCCUACCGGCAAGGCCGUCCCGCAUCGGCAGUUCCCCGCUCGGGCAAAAAGGGCCGGACGGCAUCGGCAGUUCCCCGCCGUCCUCCUCCCCGUCGCCCUUCGCCUCCCAGAUCGACGCGGCCAAGCCGGCGCUCGCGUCGCCCUUCGCCUCCCAGAUUGGGCCCCCUCCUCGGCCGCCGACUCGCGCUCCUCCUCGCGCCGCCGUCCUCCUCGCGGCGUCGUCGCCCUCCCCGAGUCGGGCCCCCUCCUCGGCCGCCGUCUCGCGCUCCUCCUCGCGCCGCCGUCCUGCUCGCGGGGUCCUCGCCCUCCCCGUCUGCCUCCCCGCUGGACACAAAUUGGCCCCGCCGCCCCGUCUCGCGCUCCUCCGCGACCCGCUGGACUCCUGCGCUGUCGCCGUCACCCUCCCACUGCGCGCUCGACGGCGCCGGCCGACGACGGCCCAACCCGCGGCCGCACUCUCCAGGGCAACGAAGGGCCGCGGCCGCGGCUCGCUCUCCGGCCUCACGGGACGCCUCCUUUCCGCUCGCCCUGCGCCUCCUGAGAUAUCAAAAGAAGGAUGA